CGGCAGGCGACGACGAGCGAUCCAACCGCAACCAUAGUACGAUGGCCCGCCGCACGUUCCUCAUCGGCCUCGGCUGCACGCCCUUCAUCAAGCCGCGUGGCACACGCACGACCGAGUCGAUGGGGCUCGAGGCCGCCACGAAGGCGCUCCUAGAUGCCGGCAUCACCUACGACGACAUCGACACCGCCGCCGUCGGAUAUUGUUACGGCGACUCAACUUCAGGCCAGCGCGCCCUCUACGCGCUCGGCCUCACCGGCAUCCCCGUCGUGAACGUGAACAACAACUGCAGCACAGGCAGCACCGCGCUCUACCUUGCCAACAACGCCGUGCGCGGCGAGCAGGCAGAAUGCGCGCUCGCGCUCGGCUUCGAGCGUAUGGCUCCGGGCUCGCUGGGUACGGUGUUUCGCGACCGCCCGAGCCCAAUGGGGCUGUUCGCGCAGCGCGUGCAGGAGAUUGAGGACGACAGCCUCGGCGCGAACAAGGGGCCGCCCGCGCCGCGAGAAUUCGACAAUGCGGCGAGGGAGUACUUUGCACACCAUGGGGUGGACGCAGGCGCCGGCAAGCGCGUACUGGCCAAGAUCGCGGCCAAGAACCACCGACACGCGGUCAACAAUCCGUACGCGCAGUUCAGGAAUGGGUGGGGAGAGGAAGAGAUCCUCAACGCCACAACCAUCACCGCAACUCUUACAAAGUACAUGUGCAGCCCGACCUCGGAUGGCGCUGCCUGCUGCAUCGUUGCUUCCGAGGCCUUCGUACACACCCACCACCUGGAGAACCAGGCCAUCGAGAUCGUCGCGCAGGGCCUCAACACCGACGCGCCCAGCGCAUUCGAGAAGACGAAGUGGGGAGCGGGUGACGAGUCAGGACCCGCGAUGGAUCUCGUCGGAUAUGGGAUGACGAAGGCGUGCGCGGACAAGGUCUUCUUAGUUGCGGGUGCAUCUCGCGCCGAAGUAGGAGUCGUCGAACUCCACGACUGUUUCGCUGCGAAUGAGCUAAUCACAUACCCUGCGCUUGGUUUUUGCGCGCCUGGAGAGGCGCACAAGGGUGUCGAACGGGGCGCCUUCGAGCACGUCAACCCCUCGGGCGGCCUCGAAGCAAAGGGACACCCGCUAGGCGCCACCGGGCUCGCGAUGUGCUUCUACGUGGGGAUGCAACUUCGCAACUGGGCUGGUCCAAUGCAGGUCCCGGGUCUAUUCGACACGAAGGACCCCCGCGGCAAAUUUGGCCUCGUGCACAACAUCGGGCUGGGCGGCGCGGUCGUGGUCACGCUCCUGCGGCGGCCCGAGUUCUAUGAGGACGGGAAGCAGAGGGAGGACGGGCGGGAUAGACUUACCUACAACCACGCCCACAUCGCUCGCCCAAUAACCCGCGCGGAUGUGGACAAGGUCAAGAGCAGGAAGGCGCCGAGCAAGUAUGUGUUGGAGUACACGACCAUCGGCUGGGAGGAGGGCAAGGAGGCCAAGUUGUGAUUGCGCAACGCUCUCACACAGCGUGUCCGCGCUGGCUGGGCGAGCACAUCGCCUCAACACCCUUGUAUCAACACGACUCUAUCUGUACUUGUAUCUCGAAAUCCUGAAUUUGUACAACGAUGUCGCAUGUUUUCCUGCUUC